GUCCUCUCCAUAAUUUACAGUGUUUCAGCAGGAGGACAAGCAAGACGUGAUUCUGUUGAUUUGGUUCAGGUAGAACUCAAAAAUGGCUCAGCAGGAAUACAAGAUGCUCAGUGACAACCUGGUAACAUACAAGGGAAUGGUCUUUCCAGUGGAUGGCUUGCAUGAUAUUACUAAAGACUAUAUUGACAGUUUAGAUGAAUUUGAAAUAAGGGAUGAUGAUGUCUUUAUUGUUACCUACCCAAAAUCUGGUACGGUAUGGACCCAACGUAUCAUGACUUUAGUGUAUGAGGAAGAUUUCCCUGAAAAAGUGGACACAACCACGUACAAGCAGGUGCCCUGGUUAGAGUUACUGCAAAAGGGGGAAGAUUACAACUCACGUCCAUCCCCAAGACUUUUUUCUACCCAUUUACACCAGCACAUGGUGCCCAAAGGGCUACAAGGAAAAGGAAAAAUCAUCUACAUCUUGAGAAACCCUAAAGAUGUCAUGGUGUCAUAUUUCCAUUUCUCCAAAAACAUGAAGACGCUGGAUAGCUCUGAGAGCUACAAUGAGAUGCUGGAGAAGUUCUUCUCAGGACGAAUGCUUGGUGGCUGUUGGUUUGACCAAGUCAAAGGAUGGAUCACAAAUAAAGACAAAUACAACAUCCUGUUCCUUACUUAUGAAGAGAUGAUCAAGGACCUCAGAUCCGUCAUACACAAAAUCUGUGAGUUUGUUGGGAAGAAUCUGUCGGAUGCAGCGAUUGAUAAAGUGGUGGAGACAGCCACUUUCAAUCACAUGAAGAAAGACCCCAUAGCCAACUAUGAAUUCUUUCCUUAUGCUGUCCGUCCAAAAGAACUAUUCAUGCGCAAAGGAACAGUUGGCGACUGGAAGAAUGCUUUAACAGUGGCUCAGAAUGAACGAUUUGACCAGGUCUACCAAGAAAGAAUGAAGGGUCUUCCUCUUGACUUUAACUGGGACAUCUCAGAGUUACUUGGCUAAAAACCAACACAUUGUGGAUAUGUUAUAAAAUAUCUAAUAUAAGCUAGUAUAUAGCCAAUUGUGCAUCACUAAACAGAGUUUCUGAGCUUAUAUGCAAUGUCAAGAUGUCUGAAAAGUUUAUAUCAGUAUUUAUUAAUACACUAUGUGGCCAAAAGUAUGUGAACACCCACUUUUAUGGAACAGUUAAGGGCCCCCUCGCCAACUGUUGCAAUAAAAUUGAAUACACAGUUUCAUUGUAUGCCAUAGCGAUUUGUCACUAGUAUAGCAAAAUCCGUUAAUUAAAAAAGCGUGUCCUGUGAGGGACAAAUUAAUUUCACAUGUAUUAUUCUCAUAUUUAACCUGUAUUCUAGCUCUUGCUUCUUUUGUUGCAUUACCGUGUCUAAGAUGUAGGACUUCUAAGAGAUAGCGUACCAGACAUAUCCAUCUAGCAUAAGUCAAACAUUUACAAGUGAGAUGGCAUGGGCCAGAGAAUGAGUUAGUCAUUGGGUCAACCUGACAUAGUGACAUAAUGUGUUUAUGCAAGUAACCAGUUAGAGAUUUAGUUGAAUUAGGAAAGAUCUUGUUUGUUUGAAAUGGUAUAAAACUCAUGUGUAGUGGGAUGAUUGUUGGGAGACUUCUUUUGAAUGAGGGACUUCUUACCCAAAUUGUAAAAAGAAUCCUCUUCAUUGUGUUAUUUUUCUUUAUUGGAAAAUUCCCUGAAAGUCCACAUACUUUUGACUGUAUAGUGUAUCUUUCAACUAGUGCAUGGCCGGCCUGUGGGUUUGUUUUGCCCUAGGCAAAAUCAUGAAAAUGUGCCUCUGGUGUGAAAAUUGUCAUAACUUUAAAACAUCCUAGAACCACUGCAAACGUGAUGAGCAGAUCUUGUUUUUAUAGAAAGCAUUAAAAAAAUGCACUAUACUGUAUAGCUCAGUUGAGGACAAAUAACGUGUCCAAAAGAUUUUCUUUUUUUUUUUUUCUCCACCAACAUGAAAAUGUUAGGUUAAAAUGUACAUGCAUGCAUAAGGGAAUAUGUGUAUUUUAGGUGCUAUGACAAGUCACCAUUUUAUUGGCUUAUUUUGAUCACCUUUCAACCUUUUUCUAGAAGUACAAAUAAACCAGUGUCUCAAUUAAAAUGAGGUCAUGGAAACUGCAAGUAUGACAAUUACUGGGUAACAUUUUACAAUAAGGUUUGCAUUAGGUCUCAUUAACAAUGUAUAUUACAAUUUUCCAGCAUUUAUCAAUCUUGGCUAAUGUCAAUUUAUAAAAAUAAAAUUGUUUACUGUUUAUGUUAGUUUAUAUUGUAUUAACUAAUCUUAACUUAUACAAUUUUUAAUGUUAAAAAUUGACUAAUAUAUGUAGAAAUUAACAUUAACUAAAAUUAUUAGGUAUUGUUCAAUGUUAGUUCAUGUUAACUAAAGUAGAUAACUAAUGUUAACAAAUACAACUAUAAGUGUUACCCAUUAAAGAUACCCAAAAUAAGAAAAUGCCGUUUAAAAUAGUUUUAGAUAGUUUUAAUAGUACAGGACACUGCUGACAAUGCUUGAAAUUCCAUUUCACCUACCCACAUACUGUAUGUGUGAAUGUUUAUUUAGAGCAACAAAAUCAAUGAAAACAAAAAGUUGACGGCUAAAAUGUUUGCAGAAUUGAAUAGAAGUUAAAACAUCAAUCAGGAAAAUCAGAUAACUAGAGCAAUAAAAUUAAAACAAUUUAAAUUGGGCCAAUAAACACGACACCUUGAAAUAUAUAUUUGUAAACAAAUGUAAAGAAUAAACACAUACUUCUUAGAGAGAUAUUCCAGAUUAAUUAGUCAUAUUUUCACUCUAUGUUAGUUUUUUGCAUCUUUAUAUCGACAGUGUCUGAAUUCAUUCCCCAGCAGAUUAUUCUUGAGAAAACGUGAAAAGCCAUAAUGAUUUGACAAAUGCUGUUUCUGCUAUCCUUUACAGAAAAUAAACCUCAAAGACUCAAAUAGCCACAAAGCAAUAUUUUUCAUAACUUAUUACCUGCGUUUCUGUCAGGCAUGAACAUUAUUCAGCAAGGUGCGAUUUGUGUCUAAUAAAACUGUUAUUGUCGCUGUCCUGUCACUCUGUCAGUCUGGCUUUUUGUGUGACAGGGUCAUGACAUCAGGGGCAGACUGGUUAUGGGGAGAACCGGGAGUUUUCCCGGUGUGCCGGCCAUGAAACAGGGCCGAACGGGCCACGAUGAACUGUAAUGGGCAGCCGUGUUAUGCCGAACGGGCCGCGACAGGCUAAAGAGGGCCGAAAAAUGGCACCACGAUAUACAGAAAAGGACAGUGACAGGAGGCGGAGGAGCCCGCUGCUGACCGCCAGGAGGUGGAGGAGCCUGCUGCUGUCUGACAGGAGGCAGAGGAGCCCGCUGCUGACCGCCAGGAGGUGGAUGAGCCCGCUGCUGACCACCAGGAGGCAGAGGAGCCCGCUGCUGUCUGACAGGAGGCAGAGGAGCCUGCUGCUGACCACCAGGAGGCAGAGGAGCCCGCUGCUGACCACCAGGAGAUGGUGGCUGUUACUGCAGCAGUGCUUCUCACCACCCGGAAGAGGAGGAGAAGGGCAUCUACUCCUCUGCCAGCGCUCACAGCCAUGGAGGCCAUUCUCCUGCUGCUGCCAGCGUUCAAGGCCAUGCAUGCCGUUCCCGCAGGGCAAUGAUUUAUGUCAUAAGCGCAAAGUCAGUGGGCAUGGCCAUGAAGUUUUGGUAUUUUGGCGAAAUUGCCCGCGCAAUGCACAAAUGGGCUGGGUCAAGUGCAAUUUAAUUUUGAGGUUCUUCUCCGGUUUUUCCACCGUCUGUGUCCUAUUAUAUAGUCCAUUCCAUCAAGCACCAAUGAUUUAAACAAAGACAGCACAUUCAUAAGAAGUAAAUGGACUGUAUGCAAUGUAUUAGAAGAAUUGAAAAUUGUGUUCUUUUGUGCAUUAACUGCAUCUUUGUUGAAUGUCAGGAAUAUUUCUAUGACAGUGACACGCUCCUUUUAUAUCUUGUAAGAAUUUGGAUGUAGGCGCCAUUAAAUUAAAGAGAA